AUGGUUUGCGGUCUGUGCUACUUGCAUGCCGAUUAUCCGACAGUAGAUCGACUUUCGAUUGCACAUCGGGAUGUGAAACCGAAGAAUGUACUGAUUCGGUCAGUUGGAUCGGCUUGUCUAUCAGACUCCGGCCAGUCUGUGGUUCUCCAUACCCGUUUAAGUGACGAAGUGGUGCGAUCCGAUCGAACCGGUUCGGCCGCUGCCACCACAACGACCACUACCGCGACCAUCAUGUUAUCCAACAAUCUGGUCAGUUGUGGAACAAACUUUGACGCAGUCCCUAACGCGGGAACGUUACGCGCCGCAGUGCCUCCGACAUCGGUCGAACUAUUGCAAACCGGUACCAACACUACGGAUCCAACGGUACACACGAAUACACAAAAACAGGUUGUCGAACUGCUUAUGCAAUCUAAUGGUGUUGCCUCCUUGUGUAAACCACGUCGUGUUUGGCUACUCUAUGAAUUAGAAUUGGGUCGAAUUGAUCUCAAUCCGGAGGCGAUGCGUCAUUUAGUAGCCAUACAAAAGCACCGUCCGUAUGCACAUACAUCGUGGUUCGGUCCUCGUUGUACGCUCAAUUCUAUCGGACCAUUACAGAAUCUUGGGAUUCCGAGCCGGAAGCACGACUAA